ACUUCCAGCUGAAACAUGAAGCAGACUCUCAGCUUCUUAGAUCCAUUCAGGUCCAGAGUGAAACAGUCCAACCUUCAUCCAGCUUCCAGCCUUCACUGAUGCUGAAGCUGUUUCUGCUGGAGAUCCACAUGAAGAGUGACUCGGCUUCACAUGUUGUCAUCCUGGAUUUACACUCACAUCUCCAGCUGUCUCACUCCAGAUGUUUCUCUGUUCCAGCUGCUGGAGGACAACAUGGUGGCUUUCAUGAAGGAGGAGCUGAAGAAGAUGAAGAAGCUCCUGAGUCCAGAUUACCCAGCAUGCUCAGAGAGAGAGAGAGAGGAUGAGGAUGAAGAGCAGAGGAGCAGCAGAGAGUCAUUAGUGAGGAUGACUCUGGACUUCCUGAGGAGGAUGAAGCAGGAGGAGCUGGCUGAGCGUCUGAGGAGCAGAACUUCUGCUCCAAUCUGCCAACAGAAGCUGAAAUGUGGGCUGAAGAAGAGGUUCCAGUGUGUGUUUGAAGGAGUCUCUAAAGCAGGAGAGUCCACCUUCCUGAACCAGAUCUACACAGAGCUCCACAUCACAGAGGGAGGGGCUGCAGAGGUCAAUGAGGAACAUGAGGUCAGACAGAUUGAAGCAGCAUCCAGGACAGCAGACAGAGCAGAAACAAGCAUCAGACCAGGAGACAUCUUUAAAGCCUCACCUGGAAGAUCCCAACCAAUCAGAGCAGUGCUGACAAAGGGAGUGGCUGGCAUUGGGAAAACAGUCCUGACUCAGAAGUUCACUCUGGACUGGGCUGAAGACAAAGACAACCAGGACAUCCACUUCACAUUUCCAUUCUCCUUCAGAGAGCUGAAUGUGCUGAAGGAGAAGAAGUUCAGCUUGGUGGGACUUGUUCAUCACUUCUUCACUGAAACCAAAGAAGCAGGACUCAGCAGCUUUGAAGACUUCCAGGUGGUCUUCAUCUUGGACGGUCUGGAUGAGUGUCGACUCCCUCUGGACUUCCAGCACACUGAGUUCCUGACUGAUGUUACAGAGUCCACCUCAGUGGAUGUUCUGCUGACAAACCUCAUCAGGGGGAAACUGCUUCCCUCUGCUCGCCUCUGGAUCACCACACGACCUGCAGCAGCCAAUCAGAUCCCUGCUGACUGUGUGGACAGGGUGACAGAGGUCCGAGGGUUCACCGACCCCCAGAAGGAGGAGUACUUCAGGAGGAGGUUCAGAGAGGAGGAGCAGGCCAGCAGGAUCAUCUCCCACAUCAAGACCUCCCGAAGCCUCCACAUCAUGUGCCACAUCCCGGUCUUCUGCUGGAUCACUGCUACAGUUCUGGAGAAGGUGUUGAAGAGCAGAGAGGGAGGAGAGCUGCCCAAGACCCUGACUCAGAUGUACAUCCACCACCUGGUGGUCCAGGCCAAAGUCAAGACGGUCAAGUAUGAUGGAGGAGCUGCCACAGAUCCACACUGGAGUCCAGAGAGCAGGGAGAUGAUGGAGUCUCUGGGAAAACUGGCUUUUGAGGAGCUGCAGAAAGGAAACCUGAUCUUCUAUGAACCCGACCUGACAGAGUGUGGCAUCGAUCUCAGAGCAGCCUCAGUGUACUCAGGAAUGUUGACCCAGAUCUUCAGAGAGGAGAGCAGCCUGUACCAGGACAAGGUGUUCUGCUUCAUCCAUCUGAGCCUUCAGGAGUUUCUGGCUGCUCUUCAUGUCCAUCAGACCUUCAUGAAGUCUGGAAUCAACCUGCUGGAAGAACAACAGAAAACCUCCUUGUGGUCAAAAGUGUUGAAGACAAAACCCACUCUCCACCUUCUCCAUCAGAGAGCAGUGGACGAGGCCUUGAAGAGUCCAAAUGGACACCUGGACUUGUUCCUCCGCUUCCUUCUGGGUCUUUCACUGCCGGCCAAUCAGAGUCUCCUUCGAGGUCUGCUGACACAGACAGGAAGUAGCUCACAGACCAAUCAGAAAACAGUGCAGUACAUCAAGGAGAAGCUGAGUGAGAGUCUGUCUGCAGAGAGAAGCAUCAAUCUGUUCCACUGUCUGAAUGAACUGAAUGAUGGUUCUCUGGUGGAGGAGAUCCAACAGUCCCUGAGAUCAGGACGUCUGUCCACAGAGGAACUGUCUCCUGCUCAGUGGUCAGCUCUGGUCUUCAUCUUACUGUCAUCAGAAGAAGAUCUGAAGGAGUUUGACCUGAAGAAAUACUCUGCUUCAGAGGAGGCUCUUCUGAAGCUGCUGCCAGUGGUCAAAGCCUCCAGCAAAGCUCUGUUGAGCAGCUGUGGUCUGUCAGAGAGAAGCUGUGGAGCUCUGUCCUCAGUUCUCAGCUCUCAGUCCUCCAGUCUGACACAUCUGGACCUGAGUAACAACGACCUGCAGGACUCAGGAGUGAAGCUACUGUCUUCUGGACUGGAGAGUCCUCACUGUAAACUGGAAGCUCUCAGUCUGUCAGGGUGUCUGGUCUCAGAGGAAGGCUGUGCUUCUCUGGUCUCAGCUGUGAGCUCCAAGUCCUCCCAUCUGAGAGAGCUGGACCUGAGCUACAACCAUCCAGGAGCCUCAGGAGUGGAGAAGCUGUUUGCUGCAGUGGAGGAUCCACAGUGCAGUCUGGACACUCUCAGGUAUGGACACACAGCAGGAGCUCCUCAUGGACACUGAGACUGUCCACAGCAGUGGUCCUCAAUAGGUGGACUGUGGUCCAGGUCUGAACCAAGACGCCGUCCCAUACAGACCCUCAGUGGUGGACAAAGUCCUCAGCUCCAUGACUGGAGUGAAAGUUCUGAUCCUCCUGGUCAAAUAUUACUCCAAUACAAGAGAAAGCUGUUAGGUCAGAUUGUUUCAGUUAAAGUACUGGAGUACCUGAUUUAGAAAAUACUUCAGUAAUAAAAGUACAUUUUCAUCUGAAUGUCAAACUUUAUUGCAUCGUGACACAAUGAAUGAACUCAACCAAACCACUGAAACAAUCUACUGAAUGCAUCGACCUGCUGAUUGAAGCUGUGGAAAAAAACUGGUAGAAUCUGCUGCUGAUCCUGGAGAGAUUCCUGCUGAAACACAACUGAAUUAACAAAAGGACGAUUAUUCUGUUCAUUUUAAUUCGUUUCUAUUUGUUCACAACCAAACAUACAAUUCAAACACUGAAGAUUAACUCCCAGCAACUCCAAGAGAACAUCAGGUUUGUACCAUUAUCAGGCUUUACAGCAGAUCAAACAGUGGGAGAAAUACUGAGUUAAAAAAAGUAAAGAAAUAAAGUUACUCAGUCUAUCAGGAUUACUGCUGCUGGAAAACCUUCUCUAACUGGUCAAGUAUUGUAGUUAACUUGGUUUGUUCACUAUCUGGUUAACUAAGUGAUGAAUCCACACAGGACUGGCCCCAGUGGGACAAAGUAGAGGAUCAAAUAUCAUUUCACUGACCUUGACAUCAAACUGCAGUUCCUCAGAGUCCAGGAGGCUUCAUUUAAAAUACUGAUCUGGAAUGAAACAGAUGUUGACUCGUCAUCUCACCUCCACAGGCUUUCUCCAGCUGGACAGGGAGUUUAGUAGGAGGUGAUCAGGGAUGGGAGGGUUGCUUCAAACAUGGAGUCUGGGACAAUUCCAAGUUACUUGUCAACAAAUGUAAUCAGUGACUUACUCUAACUUCGUCAAUAAAAAAAUAAUGUGUCAGAUUACACUUGGUUUUUUUCAGAUUACUUCUCCAGGACACAUAAAUAUAAAUGCAAUGACAAAUUCAGUGUGUCGUCCUCUCAGUGUAGUGUAACUCUUACACACAGCAAACACACACUGCUCUGAAGAUUAUCAAUACAUGUUGACCUCUGACCUCUGACCCCAUCAAUCCCAACAACAUGACGUCUUCUAAACCUGCUGACAGUCUGACUCAGGAUCAGCUCCAUCAGUCCAGACUGUGUUCCUCUAGUAGUUCUACAGUCCAGCAGCAGCAGGAGCCGGACUGACAGUGUUAACACACAUUUCUGUUCUAUCCU